CUUCUAGGGUGUUGAUAUUCAAACUUUUGAAAAUCCACAAACAAAUUUGGAUCCUGGUUCCGUCCGACAUAUACAAUGACUGAUGAAGCUCCCAUUUUUGAAAACCAUAACUGAAAGCACCGCCCAACAACUCCAACUCCAACUCGUUAAACUCAACCAACAACUCGCAAACCUCACUCGCUCAAAUCGUUACUCCGAUUCCCUCCACCUAUUCGCCAAAAUCCACUCGUCCCAACACCUCAAACCAGACCACUACACCCUCUCCACCGCUCUCACCGCCUCCGCUAAUCUCCGCCAAACCUCAUUUGGGAACCAACUCCACGCCCAUGCCAUAUUCACAGGCCUCAGAUUCUACCCUCAUGUAGCAAACACUCUGCUUUCGCUCUAUGCGAAAGCUGAGGAUUUGCAUUCCGUGAAAUGGGUUUUCGAAGAGAUUGAGAACCCAGAUGUUUAUUCGUGGACCACGCUGUUAUCGGCGUGUACUAAGCUUGGCAACUUUGCGGAUGCUUGGGAGGUGUUCGAUAAAAUGCCGAGGAGAGAUGUGGCGGUUUGGAAUGCGAUGGUUACUGGGUGUUCGGAGAAUGGGCAGGCGGAGAUUGCUGUUAGUCUGUUUAGUGAAAUGCAUAGGGUGGGUGUUAGGCAUGAUAAUUACACUUUUGCUAGUGUUUUGAGUGUGUGUUCUUUGGAGGGUUUGGAUUUUGGUAGGCAGGUACAUUCGUUGGUGAUCAAAACUGGGUAUUUUGUUAGAGCUUCUGUGGUUAAUGCUCUGCUUACAAUGUACUUUAAUUGUGGACUUGUUGCGAAUGCGUAUGAGAUAUUUGAAGAGGCAGAUGAUGACGUUUAUGAUCAGAUUACUUUUAAUGUGAUGAUAGAUGGAUUGGUAAGUGUGGGAAGAGAUGAAGAUGCCUUGGGACUGUUCCGAGAUAUGCACAAGGCUUGUCUCAGGCCUACUGAACUGACUUUUGUGAGUGUGAUGAGCCCGUGUUCAUCUGCGAGAUUUGGGCAUCAGGUACAUGCCCAAGCAGUUAAAAUGGGUUUUGAAGCUUUUACAUGUGUGAGCAACGUGACUAUAACUAUGUAUUCCAGUUGUGGGGAUUUACAUGCUGCUCACGUGGUCUUUGAGAGACUCAGGGAGAGGGAUCUUGUCUCAUGGAACACCAUGAUUUCAAGUUACGCUCAAAGGAAUUAUGUUAGAUCAGCAACCUUGGCCUACCUGCAAAUGCAAAGGGCAAGAAUUGAACCAGAUGAGUUUACUUUUGGAAGUUUAUUAGCAAGCUCGGAAAGCUUAGAAGUUGUGGAGAUGAUACAUGCUGCUGCAUCUAAAAAUGGUCUUGUGAUGCGAAUCCAAGUUUCUAAUGCAUUAGUUUCUGGAUACUCUAAGCAUGGGAAGAUAAAUCAGGCUUAUAAACUAUUCCUUGAAAUAUGCCCCAGAAAUUUGAUCUCCUGGAAUACUAUUAUUGCGGGGUUUUUGUUUAAUGGAUGUCCAAUACAGGGGUUUGAGCAAUUCUCUAAAUUGCUCAAAACGGAACUAAGGCCAGAUGUCUAUACCCUCAGUCUUAUUUUGAGCCUUUGUGCUAGCAUUUCAUCCUUGGAACAUGGGAGACAGGUUCAUGGUUACAUUCUUAGAUUGGGGUUCUUUUCAGAGAUGUGUUUAGGUAAUGCCCUUGUGACAAUGUAUGCAAAAUGUGGGGCUUUAGAUUGGUCUUUGAAAGUGUUCAAUGCAAUGGGUGAAAGAGAUACAGUUUCUUGGAAUUCCCUAAUAUCUGCUUAUGCACAACAUGGGCAAGGAAAGGACGCUGUGAACUGUUUCGAAGCAAUGCAAGACUCAUCUGGGUUCAAACCAGAUCACGCAACCUUCACUGCAGUUCUUUCUGCCUGCAGCCAUGCAGGUUUAGUUGAUGAUGGUACUCGGAUCUUCAACUCUAUGGUAAAAAAUUAUGGAUUGAUACCCAGAGUGGAUCACUUUUCUUGCAUUGUUGACCUUCUAGGUCGUGGUGGAUAUCUUGAUGAGGCAGAAAGAAUAAUAAACAGUGAGCAUUUUGAAACACAUUCCAAUAUCUGGUGGACAUUGUUUAGUGCUUGUGCAGCUCACGGCAAUAUAAGGCUAGGAAGAAUAGUUGCUGGAUUUCUUCUUGAAACUGAACGCUAUAAUCCAUCAGUUUAUGUGCUUUUGUCAAAUAUAUAUGCAGCUGUAGGUCAAUGGGAAGAAUCAGCUAAUGUUAGGGAAUUGAUGAAGAAAACUGGGGUGAUGAAACAAGCCGGAUGCAGUUGGAUUGGGUCAUAAAUCCUUUUAUAUAUAAGUUGUUAACCCUUUCAAUUGGGAGGCUAACAAAUCCAAGGUUAGCUUGAAAUUUUCACUGCAAUCCAUGGCAAUUUCUUGAUCUGAUUUAAUCAAGACAUGGUAAGUUGUUAAGCCCACUACAUUCAGUUCAACAAGGCUAGACAAGUGAGAAACCUGCUGAGGGCUGUUAAUAUUAUUGAAGGCUACAUUUCAUUUAUCAAAAGAAGCCAACGUCCUUCAGUAGAGGUGCUCUCUAGAAAGAGAAGGGAAUUACUAUGAUACUGUGAUCAACAUCAACCGCCCCAUGUUAAUGUUACGUUGUCAUUAUGGAUGUUCAUAAAUCCUCCUAUCUAUAUCCACUGUUAGGUCUUAACUGCAUCACCCUCAUCAUUAGCAUUAGCAAUAUCAUCACUAUCAUUAUGGGAUCAUAUGAUGAUAUCAUCUUACAUCAUCAAAGCCCUGAUGACAGUGAAGGAGAGAAUCUUUUUGGAUUUGCAACCAAAAAAGGCUUGAUUAUUAUAUAAUAUCCUUCCUUUCUCAAAAUUGGAACAUUGAUUAUAUAACAUCCUUCAUUGACAAACUUUUGAAUUGCUGAAAUACAAUUUAUUUGUAAUGUAGAAUUCAUUAACAAUGUUUUUCCAGUAAGUUCUACAUUCUUUGUCGAUGAUUACUGGAACUCCCAAGUUGUUCUAGCAUAAACAGGAAGUUCCCACUUCCAGGGUCAUGAUGGUCUCUCCAAGAAGUCAACUUCAAGUUUUCAUCCAUUGACGUGUUUGGAAGAAAUGUAUCAGUUGGAUUUUCAAAACUCUGCCACAGACUUGUCAGUGUUGUCACAUGUAUACCAAAGGGUUUCUAGAAUCUGUGAGAUUCAAAAUUUUAUCUGUACACAUUGACACCAAUAAACACUUUCAGCAUACCAAUGAGUCUUCUCACUACUCGUAUCCAAUACCUGGAGAUAGCUUAUUUGGAUACAGAUGUUGGUCAGCCUGAGUUUACACCUCCUGGUUUCCUAUCCCUCACAGCAGUUGACAAACUAUCCCCAGAUUUGACAAUACCAUGUCUGAACUCUAAAGACACCAGAGAGGUGCUUCUCCUUCGGUGAUUUAUCUUCAAAAAGGGAUCCAACAUUGUACUUGAAUGCUAUAUUUUCCCUACGUGGUUACUAUUGAAAGGAGUACUGCUUGUCUAACAAGAGGAAAAACCCAACUAAGAUUGAAUUGCCUCUUGUCGUCAAUACUCCUGGCAGGGUGAAAGGCAUUGGUUAUGACAUUGGUGGAUAGAUCAAGCAUGAUAGCUCUGUUUCUAUUGUGAGUACAAAUCGCAUUAAAGCUCCACCAUUUUACUAAAUCGCAAAUUCAACGUGAAGAGUUAUAUGAUGCCCUAAACAAUUCGAGACCAUCAGAGCAAGAGUUACCGCUUGAAGAUUUUGGUGAUUGUGAGUUGAAAUCCAAGCCAUAUGUCGGAAUGCAAUUUGACUCCCUUGAUGAUGUUGAAACUUUUUACAAAGAAUUUGCCAAAAAAGAAGGUUUUGGAAUCCAUAUCCGUACGAGUAAAAAAGCACCCAGAAGUGAUAAUGUAACUAGUCAUAUUUAUGUAUGUUGUAGUGAAGGGCCGUGCAAAAUAGAAAAUGCAUUAGACAGUGGUUUGAGCAGAGGUGAUGAAAACAAGGCCUGUAGAAGUUGCUCAAGUCUUAGAACUAGAUGUGAAGCAAUGCUUUGGGUCAUGAAGAAUAAGAAGUUGCAGAAAUGGGUUGUGAAGGGAUUUGACAACAACCAUAAUCAUGGUAUUAUUAGUCCAAAAAGUUUGUCAUACCUCCGAUGCCACAAAAAAAUGUCUACUACUGCUAAGAGUCUAGUUGAAAAAUUUGGUGAAGAAGGUCUUCCAACAGGAAAAGUUGCCAUGAUGUUCAAUGUAGGUGACCAGACAUUUACAAGUAGAGAUUGUUGGAAUCACUUGAGAGAUGUUAGGGGAAAAAAUCUAGAUGCUGGAGAUGCCUCGGCUGUCCUUAAUUAUUGCCAAAAACAAGAAGCUCAAAACUCCAAUUUUUUUUUAUGCAAUUCAAUGUGAUGAUGUUGGCCAAUGGUUAAUUUUUUUUGGGUGGAUGCGUGAUCAAGAAUGACUUAUCAAUACUUUGGGGAUGUAGUGACAUUUGACACAACUUACAAAACAAAUAAGUAUGAUAUGUCAUUUGCUCCUUUUGCGGGGUUAAACCAUCA